AUGCGAAGCUUCACUUUACUUGCAAUUUUGGUCACCUUAACAUCACACCUUAUUGUUGCCCAAUCGUCAGACGAUAACGAUCCUUCAGACGUUUUGAAAGAUCUUUGGGGAAAUAUACUUGCAGAUGUCUCGGGCACCAAAUCGAAUGAUCAACCCCUUCCUCAGACUAGUGCCACUUCUGAUCCUCAAACUUUUAUCCUUUCUAGUGAUUUCGAAAUCACAAAUGUGCCUCAAGUGCGAGAGUAUAAUUUCGAAAUUGGUAUGGCUACCGCUAAUCCCGAUGGCUACACGAGACAAGUAUAUACCAUCAAUAACCAAUUUCCGGCUCCAUUGAUAGAAGCCAACACUGGCGAUACAGUUCGAGUACACGUGAAGAAUAGUUUAGAUAUUCCUCAGACUAUUCAUUGGCAUGGUAUCUCUCAAAAUGGCACCAAUCUCAUGGAUGGUGUACCCGGUGUGACUCAGUGCCCGAUCCCCCCUGGAGGAAGCUUCACAUACGAGUUUCCAAUCGUCCAGCAAUAUGGAACAUAUUGGUAUCACUCGCAUUUCGCAAAUACGAUGGCAGAUGGUAUUGUUGGACCGUUAAUCGUACACUCUCCCGAUGAUCCAUUGCAGAGAGGUCGGGAUUAUGAUGAAGAAAGGGUCUUGUUAGUCACCAACUGGAUGCAUGAUCAAUCGACAGAUAUCGUAGCUGCUCUCAGAACAAAAGAAGGUUACAGAGGUACUUUAGCCGCUCCUAAAGGAGAUUCCAUCCUCAUCAACCAGGUUGGGAAGGCAAAUUGUUCAGAUUCAAACUACCCUUCAGGAGCAGAAUGUUCACCUCCUCCAGAAACAGUAAUCACCGUUCCAGUGAACAAAUUACUCCGAUUCCGUAUCAUCAAUACAGGUGCACAUUCAUUGUUGCGAAUCUCAAUUGAUAAGCAUGAAUUUGAAGUGGUUGAAGUCGACACUGAUCCGAUCUUCGGUCCGACAUUACAUGAACUUCCUAUUGCUCCUGCACAAAGAUAUUCGAUAUUGGUCAAUACUACUCAGGGAGAAGCAGGUGAUAAGUUCUGGUUGAGAGCCAACGUGGCCGUUGGAUGUAUGGAUAAAAUCAGACAAGAAGGUCUAGCCGUUUUCAAGUAUCAGGAGGAAGGAGAUGCGGAAGAUGAUGGAGGAUUACCUACCACUGACGCUUGGGGUGACCUCGCUGCCUUCGAUUCACCGUGUCGUGACUUGGACAUGGACCAUACAUUGUCACCAAGAGAAGCCAUCGACGCUUUUACCGCUCCUUUGCUUACAAAAUCGCUUUCUAGUAAAUUUGGGACUUUCCUUGGAAUGAACGGGAAAAACAUCACCGGCUUUGCAUUCAAUAACAUCACAUUCCAAAACCAGAUAUACGAUCCCGUUUUAGCUACAGUGCAGAAUACUGGUAAUUACACUUCACCCAAUGUCGCCACUGUGGUAUUUGACGUUGAUGGAUAUGUGGACUUGAUCCUGAAUAACCUUGAUGGAGGUAUUGAUCAUCCUUAUCAUUUACAUGGAAACGAAUUCCAAUUGAUUAAACGUGGCGAUGGUAAUGUAACAUCGGAAGAAGUUCAAUCUAUGAAUUUGACAGCUACCAAUCCAUUAAGAAGAGAUACAAUUUUCAUACCUGGAAACUCAUAUGCUGUCUUGAGGGUUAGAACUGAUAAUCCUGGUGUAUGGGCUCUACAUUGUCAUAUAGGCUGGCAUCUUGCUGUUGGUAAAUUGGCAACUAUGAUCGUUAGACCUAAAGAUAUACAAUCCUUCGCUCAACCUGACGAAUGGACCGGAUUGUGCGCAGGCCAAAACUCGACUCAAGAGGGUCCUGCUAAGAGGUUAUUCGAUGCACCUGCCAACGCAGGAAUAUCGAGAAAAAUUGAGAGUGAAAUCAUUGCUCGAAGGGGUCCCAAAGAAGUGUAA